CAUAUGCAAACUAACCUAUUCUUUACAACUAUUAUUUAUAUAAACAAAAAAAAUCUUCAAUUGAGAAAAAGAUAAAGAAGAUGGUUGCAUGCCUUGAAUCAACAUUGGCAAUCUUAUUAUUCAUGUAAUUAGCGAUUUCAGAUAAAAAUUUAAGGCAUGUCGUUGUUAUGGGUCGGCUCGGACGUGGAUUUGCCAACAUUACACAAAUGUAGGUCAGCUGAAAAACUAGAAUUUCGAUUGUCCUGCUCAAACAGAAACAAUACAACAGGUUACGACUUCAAAGACACGCAUUUAGAUGAUGUUUUUCAUGGAUUAAACGAGCAAGAUAAUGACAAGAAACAAAAAAGGUCCGGCACCUGGCCGCGGACAAGAUCAUUAAAUGCCCCAUCUCCAGUUCCCCACUUUGGACCAUGUGGCCGUAUUAUGAAAAACUCUGCUAUGGUUAUGACUAUACAGGAUCCGGCUAGCCAAAGAUUAACUUGGUACAAACCUCCAUUGACCGUCUUAGUCAUCAAAAAAGUCAGAGAUGCCUCGGUUUAUUCGCCAUUUAUUACGUUGAUUCGAUGGCUGAUAGAGGAAAAACGAAUGGUGGUGUUUGUGGAAUCUGCUGUAAUGGAUGACCCUCACUUGAACGAGUUUCAGUGCUUUCCUUUGCUGAAAGAUCGUUUGAUGACUUUCAGAUUAGGCAAGGAUGAUCUUACAGACAAAAUAGAUUUUAUUGUCUGUCUGGGUGGGGAUGGGACAUUACUUUAUGCCAGUCAACUUUUCCAACAGUCGGUACCACCGGUGAUGGCAUUCCAUUUAGGCUCUCUAGGAUUUCUUACCCCUUUUAGAUUUGAUAAUUUUCAACAACAAGUCAACAAUGUGCUGGAAGGUAAUGCGGCUUUGACAUUACGCAGCAGAUUGCGUUGUGUUUUAAUAAAAAAAUGUGAUAAGGCAGAUGGUAAUGCAAAUGUAGCGGAACCUGAAGGUGUAGUGAAAGCACCAAAACCUGCUAGUUUUUUGGUACUUAAUGAAGUCGUGGUUGAUAGAGGUCCUAGUCCGUACCUGUCUAAUAUUGAUCUAUUUUUGGACGGGAAACAUAUUACCUCUGUGCAAGGUGAUGGACUAAUUGUUAGCACUCCUACUGGUAGUACCGCCUAUGCGGUUGCCGCCGGCGCAUCAAUGAUCCACCCAAGCGUACCAGCUAUAAUGAUAACCCCAAUUUGUCCACAUUCCUUAAGUUUUAGACCUAUCGUAGUACCUGCCGGAGUAGAAUUGAAAAUAUCCGUAUCACCUGAAAGUCGAAACACCUCCUGGGUGAGUUUCGAUGGUAGAAACCGACAAGAAUUAGUUCACGGAGACAGUUUAAAAGUGACAACAUCGAUCUAUCCGGUGCCCAGCAUAUGCGCACAAGAUCAAAUUAGCGACUGGUUCGAUUCUUUGGGGGAGUGCCUUCACUGGAACGUGAGAAAGAAGCAAAAACAUUUGGAUGAAUUAGAGGAUUUAACUCAUUCCAGUUCAAUCGAUACGUUGACUGAUUCAUCGAUAGAGAAAGAAAUCUUAAAUAAUGCGACUUAAGCAAUCUUUUUCACUUAAACUAGUCAAGGUUGUCAUUCGGCUCACAUUUGACAAUAUAAUUAUAAUAAAUUCGUGAGGCAAAACAAUUUAUUUGGCAUUUAAUAACAUAAUGUGCAAUUUACAGUUGUUUUUUUUUAAUUGUUGUUUCACCGAUAAAUAUUUUUUAACACGUUUUUAACACGGUCUUGUCGGUAUUGAUUGUUCUCUUUAUAUUUGUUUUAUAUUUAAAUUGUUUGGUGCAGCCGUGUUUUUAUAGUUUAUUUGAAAAUAUACAAAUCAAAAAAUAAAUUUAUAUUUUUUCAA